AUGGCAGAAGAAGAAGCAGUACGAAAACGUCAUGAACGGGAAAAUCGAGAAAAGCAAAAGAAGGAGAAGUUUGAUAGCAGAGAGUCAGACAGGAAAGUUGAACUAGUAGGCUCACAGAAAACGGAAUCGUUCAACGAUUUGAAAUUCCAAGAACAUAAAGUGGAAAUCAAAUCAAAGCCGUCGGCUGAAUCUGCUGAGUCAAAAAGACGGAAGAAGGAGAAAAGUGAUCUGCACAUUGAUGAGGGCACAGCUCUCAAGGAAAUGAGUAAGCUCUAUCGUGACCUUCUGGAGAGAUUUGAAGAGCUUCGUCAGAAGCAGGAAGCUCAGAAAACGGAAUCGUUCAACGAUUUGAAAUUCCAAGAACAUAAAGUGGAAAUCAAAUCAAAGCCGUCGGCUGAAUCUGCUGAGUCAAAAAGACGGAAGAAGGAGAAAAGUGAUCUGCACAUUGAUGAGGGCACAGCUCUCAAGGAAAUGAGUAAGCUCUAUCGUGACCUUCUGGAGAGAUUUGAAGAGCUUCGUCAGAAGCAGGAAGCUCAGAUGAGCGCCGAAUCGGACAGCACCCGCCUACGUCGACUAGCUAGGAAGGAUCCGUCAGUUACAGAGGCUUUACACGAUGUCAUAGAAGCUAUCAAAAAAGCGAUUCAUGACUUCAAAACAUGUGCGAAUUUAGCCGGUGCAAUGCUGCCAAAUGCUACGCUACAUGAACGUGAACUUAGUCACAUACUGCUUGAACUUCAAUGUGCUUCCAUUCAUGAGUGA